AUGGACCCCCAACAGUCUGCCCUCCCUCUGCAGCUGCAUGGCAACAGUUUUGCUAUGAGCUCUGGACAAGAGCCAAAACUAAACGCGGGAUACAAUGAAGGAGGAGGAGGAGGAGGAGGAGGAAGAGGAGGAGGAGGCCAAGAAACAGAACUUAAUCAGCAAAACAUGACCUCCUCUGCUGGUGUCAGUUCCAGGUUGAACCCAGAUGAACAGUCUGAGUGCCCACUGGAGCCCGUGGUUCACUGCCAUGCCAAGGGCAAGCUGGACAUCAAGAGCAGGAGCUGCAGCCUACUCACCAUCUGCCGCUCAGGAGUCAUUUUCCCCUGGAUGAAUCCACGGACAACUGGCUCUGAACAAUCUGUCAGCGGCGGCGUGGCAGCGGGUCUAUCGGGCGGUGGAAGGCAGAGUGCGAAGAGGGAGAGAACAGCCUUCACUAACAACCAGCUGCUGGAGCUGGAGAAGGAGUUCCACUUCAGCCCUUACCUGUGCCGCCCCCGCAGGAUGGAGAUGGCCGCCGGGCUGCAGCUCACCGACCGCCAGGUUAAGAUCUGGUUUCAGAACCGCAGGAUGAGGUACAAGAGGGAGCACAGGUACGGAAAGGCGACAGGUUUGUCACAGGGUUCUCCUUACAAUCCGUCCUCCAGCCUGAACUCUUAUGCGGACCACCUGAGGUUUCCGUGUGUUGUCAGAACCUCCUCCUCCUCCUCCUCAGACCUGGAUUACGCCUCCAUGUCGUCCCUCUUUGGGGCUUUUAGCGACAGCAGCAGCGGUCAGAGCUUUCACCCUGCAGACCUGCCCCAUCUGAACUGCACUCUUCCAUCUGUUGCACCUCCCUCCUGUACGGGCGCAGAUAGUCAUCACCAUCCUGGCAUUUCAAACUGGCCCUAGGGCCUCAUAACAGCCAUCCCCUCCCGUGCUCAUCAAAAUCUCAAUGAUACAUCUAGUUUCUCUUACUUAUGAAAAGCUGGAGGGUGUCUGAUCGGCAUCCCCGGGUUGAAACCCCCCCUAACACACCUUUUCGCCAUUUUAAUUAAACUAUAUGAACACGUCUUAAUUAAAGAAGAGCUAUCAUUUGUGUUUCUCAGGCGCGGUGACCGCAGACUGCAGGUCUUCUCACAUUGUACGGCAUGCACAGGACGCUGGAGCCAAUAAUAGUUACAUGUUUUGGUUUUUUUUUGCUGUAAUUUUGUGGGUGUAACAUUUGUAUUAUUGCAUGUUUAAUGCAUGUGGGGUUCAGACUCUGAGUGAAUUUUUCUAUUUCCCUCUGUUGUCAGAUUAUUGUUAAGUGGUUGUCAUCGUUUUAAGUGUCACAUUAGGGCUCUUUUCAUUAGCUACUGUAAAUAGGUCAUUUGUGUAAAAUCUGUGAAACGGGCAGAAUAAUGUUCAUAUUGAAUGAUGUUAUAUUUUUGUUAAAGCCAUUAAAGGAUAAGUCUUUGAUACUGCUCUUGAUUAAUUGAGAUGUCACGUACUGUACAUGCUUAAUAAAUGCAUUUGGGAAAACUGUA